GGCAGUGUCAACACCAGGGGUGGAGGAGCCUUGGUACAUCUUGCCAAGCAUCAGCCACGUCUGACUUUAUUCCUGAUAUUGACAAAACUGCCAGUGAAGAUGAGAGGGACACAACCUAUGAUCUGCGUCAUUAUUACUCUCUACCUGACCUCUCAAACCUUCGCUCACACCAAUCGACCAAACAGUGACGCAGGUCAAGAGAACUUCUUGCCCACUGCUAAAGACGGCAACGGACCUGGAGGUGGAGGCGACGGUGGUGGUGGUGGUGGCGGCGGCGGUGGUAGCGGCGGCGGCGGCGAAGGAGGCUUCACCAAGGUGUUAGGCACGUUGUGGGAAGCAGUCAGCAAAUACAAAUCACAGAAGACAACCCCCAUGAUUGCGGGUCGUAUGGCUACUCUGAAGAAUCGGCUGCUAAUGGAAGCAGGAGAUUUGAUCACCUUCUACGUCCACGCUGCUGGGACUCGCCAUGCAGAUGGACGAACUCUGUCACGGGAUGACAAGGACUUCACUGCUAACGUAAAAGGCGAGGCUACUCAAGUGGGCGAAGGAGAGCACCACAGAGGCAAGAGAGACCACCUUCUGGGGUACACUUUCCUCAGAGACAAGGAAGGCGUGGCAAUGUUGGCUGCAGUGGAGGGAGCAGCGAGUCUAGGAGUGAGAGGCUCUCAGAAAAUCCACAUGACUAUCUGGCACGACAGACUUAUUGUUGCUGUCAUCCACAACACCAUGAAAGUCUCUCUUCACGCAAUCGAUCAAUACUCGCUGAAGGUGUCCACUGCGUUGACCUUUCCCGGCAAGAACAGCUGCGGUUUCACUGUGGUCCCGAACGAUGUUCUUCUUUUGGCUUGCGUCGCCGCCAACGCUACCAGCAAGUACCCUGCCUUCUACGAGAAGAUCCUGGAGGAGGUGAUGCUUUACGAGGUGACAGAGGAGAGGCAAGGCCAUGGCAAGCUCUUCAUAAGAUUCCGGCAGAAGAUAGAGACUGAGAGUGCUAAUGACCUGGCGAUGUGGGUGCAAGGUGGCAAGAACUACCUCCUGAUAGCUGACUCAAUGGAGGUGGCGGAACGUAUCGUCCACACACCAACGGGGCUUAAGCUAAUAAAGAAGACCAAUUAUCACGCCUUGUCUCGUCUCUACCACUGGACUGGCCAGUACUUCGACCUUCUGCAAGAGCUGCCGGGGACCCACCCUCGCGCCGUCACCCACUUCCUCGUCGGCAACAUCCACUUCAUUGCUGUCGCUAACUUUAGAAAUAAUAAAGGUCAUUACAACUGCCACAGCUUGAUCUACCGCUACUCUGUAGACAUGGGUCAUUAUGUGGUCUUCCAGGAGGUGUUCACCAAGGGCGCAUAUUAUUUUGAGAGCUUCACCUUAGGAACUGAACGCCGCAAUCACACCUUCCUCGCCGUCGCCAACUACUGUGAGGACGACGAUGACGGUCCGUGUAACCCCGACACCACCUCAGCAAUCUACCGCUAUCACUAUGGCAAGUUCGUACUCUUUCAGGAGAUCCGCACCUCCUACGCCGUGCAGUGGCUCGCCAUCCAGGUUGAAGACACGGUGUUGCUUGCUGUGGCCAGCGCUGCUUCAGGUGUUAAAUUUUACCAGUACAACGGUUGGAGGUUCGUGCCUACAACUGUACAAUACUUCUCAGGACCCUUCAGUGCCGGGGUCACCUCCAUGGCUACUGUCACGUGGAACAGUAUCUUCUUAAUGGCCUUGACGAACAGCGACCCAGGGAAGGCCACCCCAGAGACUGCAACUCUAUACGCACUCUCCUUUACGAAAGAAAAGUCUCUACAGAGGUUUCGAGAGAGCUCGCUUCAGUGGUGCAAGGAGCGCCUGCUGGGGCUGGAUUAUCAGUGCGUAAGCACCUGGCGGCUGGUGAAAGCCGCUCCUAAAGUGAACACGCCUUAUACUUUCAUCCAGCCAGCCAUCAUCCACGGUCACCUCUCAGUCAUAUCGUCAAGUGAAGUCGGAAAGGUAUACGAUAAGUCACAUGGCAGGUGGGUGCCGGAAGUACGAGGUGAUCUGGCAGAGGUAGUGAUGACCCUGGGCCACGAAGUCAAUAAUAUCAGGACCAGGCUCCGCAACGCCUUCUCACUCAUAGGUCCCACCACUUGGCCAGAUGGACUGCGCUUCGCUCAGUUAGAGGCGCGUAUGUCUUCUGUGGAGCAUCUGGAGUCUACCUGGAUCAAUGGUCACUCGGUGUUAUACAAGGACGUCAUUACACUGACUAGCAAGAGUCUGGUCUCUUUCGGAAUGCUCCAUUUCAAGCACUUGCUUUCUCAGGCUGCAACGUGGGUGGAGAGGUUGAUGGACCGAGCAAUGUCAACAUACGUGACGCUGUCUGGUACCCACGUUCUCCACGGCGAUGUAACAUUCCUUGGUAAUGUGCAGGCAGCCUUCUUGGUCGCUUCUGGGUACCGUAGAUGGCGUGAGGGUCACAAAGGACGUCUUGCUACUUACGGCUUCCAUGCAGAAUCUGACUGGGUCAGUCAUCUGUGGUCAGCUGGAAGCCUAUAAUGUACACGUUGACAACAUCAACAACAUCGACAUAAACAAGGUGUUCCAGUCUCUGGUCCUGGCUGGAUCUUCGCAAGUGAUUCCUGGUCUGGUUGUACGUGGCGACGUCAUUUAUGACGGCAACCUCAGGGUAGUCAACCCCACUACCGUAGACUUGUACAAUCCUCUGAGGGUGGAUCUACCUGCAACUCAGAUUUUAGCUG